GCGCUCAUUGGUCGAAUCAAGGAUGAGAGCGCGUGCAGUGACGUAAUUGACCACGAGAGGGCGAGAGUCUCAGAGAACCGCAGGAUGGGGCAUUUUAUUGUGGACAAUGAUUUUUCCAUGAGAUCCAUUCUAUCUUGAGAGCUCGUGCGCUCUUCAGUUUGACGUGUGUAACUGCACUUCCGGCGAUCUCACUGCUAGAAUGGCUGCAGUUUUUACAUGUUGUUUGGGCUGCUGCGGGGAUGGCGGACCGGGUCACGCUCCCCUCAAAGAUAUGCCCACCGUACAGCUAGACACGCAUCACAUGGGGACGGAUGUGGUCAUAGUGAAAAGUGGGAGGCGGAUCUGUGGAACUGGAGCCUGCCUCGCCAACGCCCCUCUACACCAGAACAAGAGCUAUUUUGAGUUCAAGAUCCAGUCCACAGGUGUUUGGGGAAUCGGUGUGGCCACUCAGAAGGUGAAUUUGAACCAGGUGCCACUGGGUCAAGACAGCCACAGUUUGGUACUUAGACAUGAUGGCUCCAUAUACCACAACAACGAGGAGAAGAACCGUUUACCUGCCAACAGCCUGCCUCAGGAGGGGGAUAUAGUGGGCCUGACCUAUGAUCAUGUGGAACUGAACCUGUACUUAAAUGGAAAGAGCAUGCACUGUCCAGCCUCAGGUAUUCGAGGGACUGUGUUCCCCAUAGUUUAUGUGGAUGACAGUGCCAUCAUAGACUGCCAGUUCAGUGAUUUCUACCAUACUCCACCUGAAGGCUUUGAAAAGAUUCUGUUUGAACAGCAGAUCUUUUGAAUCGUCAGCUACGUGUGCAGACACACAUAGUGUGAAGUUGAACUGUGUGUGGCAGUACGUGCUUAUGUUCUCUUUCAGUGUUGCUUCUGCCUUUGCUGUUACUACUGCUGCUCCUGUCCAUUUGGAAGUCAAACCAGGCUUUAUUUCUGUGUGUGUGUGUGUGUGUGUGUGUGUGUGUGUGUGUGUGUGUGUGUGUGUGUGUGUGUGUGUGUGAGUGUGAGAGAGAGAUUGUAUACAAAUGAGAGCGAAUCUACAACACUUUACAUAAGCACUGAAGACACUUACUGAUAUCUACUUUAUUUAGUGGGCGAUAUUGAUAAACUGAGCUUAUACUUUUAUUUCAUGACAAUGCAAAUGAAUUAGCAGCUGAUCACUUUUUUUUCUUCUUUUGUAUGUUUAUUUGAUUUGAUUUAUGUAUAAAUUAUUGUUGACUUUCUCUUUCUACACAUAUCAGCUUUCUUGAAUGAAUCAAUUGUAAUUGCACUAGUUAUGUGUGGUUGAAAAUCAAAGCAAACCUCUCGUGUUAAAAUAUAUGAUCAGAAACAGUUCGAUAGGUUUUUGACGUGUCUGUUACUGUCAUUUGCCUUUCAUCUGAACCAGGCGUGUGUGUGUUUUAUUCAUAUUGAUAGAUUGCUAACAAUAGCAAUUUUCCAUAUUAUCCACAGUGUAUUUUAUCACUUUACCUCUAUGAUCUCUAUUGCACUUAAUGUUAAAUAAGUGACUUUGGCUGGGCAGGCUCCAGAGUGAUAAAUAAUAUCUACAAUGUUUAAGACUAGCAUGAAUCUGUUUAACAUGGCCAGUUUUGAUGCAUUAGCAUAUAUCUUACCAAAACCCUUCAAAUGUGUUAGACUGAAGAUUCAUCCCAAAAAAAAUCAUUUAUUUUUGUCUCGGAUGUAUUUCCCUCCACUGAUAUUGCGCUUGACCCCAGUUAUUCACAUAUUUACAGCAACAUUAAUUACAAAUAUUAACAAAUGAAAAAUGUUAUUCUGCCAGAGAAUGUUAUCUACCCAUAACACUAAACCACUCUUAAUCACACAUUGAUUUUAUUCAAAUAAUGAACGUGAACAAAAUAGCCAUGCAGUUACAGAAAGGCAAUGUGCUUUUCAGAAAAAAGUUCUCUGGAAACGUUGUGUCCUGUAGUAAUCUUUUUUUUUUUUUUUUUUGGUCCCAAACAAAGCUUGAAUUUUCUCUGUACACUGUGUCUUAUGAUACAUUCCACAAGUGCUGUAUUUAUAUUCUGUGUCUGUGUCAUAGUGUGAAAUGAGGACAGUCACCUAUGACCAUUUGAAAUGUCGACAACGUACCAAGCACGUCUGCAAAAAUAAAGUGUUCUAUUUAGCUAAAAUUGAAAA